AUGUCUGGAAACUGCUGUUCUAGGAAAUGCCCCUCGGUGCCAGCCAUCUCCCUUUGCUCCACUGAGGUGAGCUGCAGAGGGCCUGUUUGCUUGCCCAGUUCCUGCCAGAGCCAGACAUGGCAACUGGUGACUUGUCAAGAUAGCUGCGGAUCAUCCAGAUGUGACCCACAAUGCUGUCAGCCCUCCUGUUCUGUGAGCAGCUGUGCCCAGCCUGUGUGCUGUGAGACCACCAUCUGUGAGCCUGCCUGUCCUGUAAGCAGCUGUGCCCAGCCUGUGAGCUAUGAAACCACCAUCUGUGAGCCUGCCUGUCCCAUAAGCAGCUGUGCCCAGCCUGUGUGCUAUGAGACCACCAUCUGUGAGCCUGCCUGUCCUGUAAGCAGCUGUGCCCAGCCUGUGUACUGUGAGGCCACCAUCUGUGAGCCUGCCUGUCCCGUAAGCAGCUGUGCCCAGCCUGUGUGCUGUGAGGCCACCAUCUGUGAGCCCUCUUGCUCCGUGAGCAGCUGUGCCCAGCCUGUGAGCUACAAGGCCACCAUCUGUGACUGUGCCCAGCCUGUGAGCUGUGAGGCCACUAUCUGUGAACCCUCUUGCUCCGUGAGCAGCUGUGCCCAGCCUGUGUGCUGUGAGGUCCCUCCCUGCCAACGAGUCCUCUGCGUACCCACUUCCUGCCAGCCCAUCCUCUGCCAGCCAGUGAUCUGUGAGCCCAGUUGCUAUCAGCCUGUGUCCUCUGGUGUCAGAUGUUGUCCAUCUAUCUGCUCUGUGACCAAGAGCUGCCAGUCUGCCUGCUGUGACUCCAGUCCUUGUGAGCCAUCCUGCUCAGAGUCCAGCAUCUGCCAGCCAGCCACACGUGUUUCUCUGGUCUGUGAGCCCAUCUGCAUCCGUCCAGUUUGCUGUGUUUCAAGCCCUUGUGAGCCACCUUGUGUCUCCAGCACUUGCCAAGAGCCCUCUUGCUGUGUCUCCAGCAUCUGCCAACCCACCUGCUCUGAGCCCAGCCCCUGCUUACCAAGUGUCUGUGUGUCCAGGCCAUGUCAACCUACCUGCUAUGUAGUCAAGCGCAGUCGGUCCAUCUCCUGUGAGCCUGUUUCCUGCCCACCUCCAUCCUGCCGAUCUCUCUCCUGCCGCCCAGGGUCUUCUGCAUCUGCCGUCUGCCAGCCAACUUGCUCGCGAACUUUCUACAUACCCAGCUCUUGCAAACAACCUUGUACUACUUCAAUCUCCUACCGCCCGAUUUGCCGCCCAAUCUGCUCUGGCCCCAUCACCUAUAGGCAGCCAUAUUUGACAUCCCUCUCCUACCGCCCGGCCUGCUACCGCCCAUAUUACUCCAUCCUGCGCCGUCCAGCCUGCGUCACUUCUGUCCCUUACCGCCCGGUCUGCUCCCGCUUGCCUUGUGCUGACUCCUGCAAACGGGAUUGCAAAAAGUCCACUUCCAGCCAACCGGAUUGUGCUGACUCAACUCCCUGCAAGACGGAGGUCUCAGAGGCCAGUCCCUGCCAGCCCACUGACGCCAAGCCCACCAGUCCCACCACCCACGAGGCUGCAGUCAGCCAGCCUGCUGCCACCAAGCCUACCAACUACUGA